AGAUGGCGCCGGCCAGCUCCGCUAAUUUUAUACACAGUCUAUGAUCCUCCGUCUCUGAGAGGGAGACACGUGAGGACGAAGGACUUUUAUCCACCACACGGGACGUCCUCCCAGCUGCAGAAAUCACCGAGUGUCCGUUUCAGACGGCUGAUGCUGCUGCUCCAAUACUGAUCCCAGAUCUGUGUCAGGGACAGAAGAGCUUCCAUGAUCCCGCGAGAUCGCGAGAACACGGAGCUCCACGAGGUCCCGCAGCGCUCCUGAAUCUGAAGAGCUCCGACAGUCCCAGAGGAGACCUGCUGGAUCUCAGAGACCAGGACCAAGAGCGGGAUGGAGGAGGACAACCAGGACCCGGAGCCCCGGAGCAACAACGUCCCCGGAGGACAAACAGCAGGCUCGAGCUCUGAUAGCACCGAUGUUCAGAAACAGAGAGGAAGAGACGGACUCAAACGUCACCACUGUCAACACUGUGAAAAAUCCUUCACAAGAUCUGGAUCUUUAAAGAUUCAUCAGAGACUUCACACUGGACAGAAACCGUACAGCUGUGACCAGUGUGGGAAAACUUUCACUAGAUCAGAUGACCUGAAAAUACACCAACAUGUUCACACUGGAGAGAAACCUUACUGGUGUGACCAAUGUGGGAAGACUUACACUAAAUUAAAUAAACUGAUAAUCCACCAACGUGUUCACACUGGAGAGAAUCCAUACAGCUGUGACCAGUGUGAGAAAGCUUUCACCUCAUCAGAUAAACUGAAACUCCACCAACGUGUUCACACUGGAGAGAAACCUUACUGUUGUGACCAGUGUGGGAAAGCUUUCACUAUAUCAGGUGGACUUAGAAAACAUCAACGCAUUCACACUGGAGAGAAACCGUACCACUGUGACCAAUGUGGGAAAGCUUUCACUUGCUCAGGUAUACUAAAAGUUCACCAACGUGUUCACACUGGAGAGAAACCUUACUGGUGUGACCAGUGUGGGAAGGCUUUCGCUACAGCAGGUGGACUUCAAAAACAUCAACGAAUUCACACCGGAGAGAAACCGUACCACUGUAACGAAUGUGGGAAAGCUUUCACUACCUCAGGUGUACUACAAGUCCACCAACGUGUUCACACUGGGGUGAAACCUUACUGGUGUGAACAAUGUGGGAAAGCUUUUACUACAUCGGGUGACCUAAAAAUCCACGAACGUGUUCACACGGGCUUGAAACCUUACUGUUGUGACCAAUGUGGGAAAGCUUUUUCUCAGAGAGGUUCCCUUAAACGCCACAAAUGCAGUCACACUGCUUCGUUAGCUCCGACAGUCACAGAGGAGACCUGCUGGAUCUCAGAGACCAGGACCAAGAGCGGGAUGGAGGAGGACAACCAGGACCCGGAGCCCCGGAGCAACAACGUCCCCGGAGGACAAACAGCAGGCUCGAGCUCUGAUAGCACCGAUGUUCAGAGCCAAGUCUGCCGGAAAGGAACAAAACGCAGAACACGGCGAACCACGAGUUCCUGCAGCGCUCCGACAGUCCCAGAGGAGACCUGCUGGAUCUCAGAGACCAGGACCAAGAGCGGGAUGGAGGAGGACAACCAGGACCCGGAGCCCCGGAGCAACAACGUCCCCGGAGGACAAACAGCAGGCUCGAGCUCUGAUAGCACCGAUGUUCAGAAACGCAGCAGAAAAGAGGGACUCAAACAUCACCAAUGUCAGUACUGUGACAAAUCCUUCAAAACAUCUGGAUCUUUAAAAAUUCAUGAGAGAGUUCACACUGGAGAGAAACCGUACAGCUGUGACCUAUGUGGGAGAGCUUUCACUCAGUCGUUUCACCUUAAAAUCCACAAACGUGUUCACACUGGAGAGAAGCCGUACAUUUGUGACCAGUGUGGGAAAGCUUUCUCUAAUUUGGUUAAACAAAAAAUCCACAAACGUGUUCACACUGGAGAGAAACCAUACAGCUGUGACCAGUGCAGGAAAGCUUUCUAUACAUCAAGUGACCUACAAAGGCACCAACGUGUUCACAGUGGAGAGAAACCGUACAGCUGUGACCAGUGUGGGAGAUGUUUUUCUCAAUCCGGUUCCCUUGAAACCCACCAACGUGUUCACACUGGAGAGAAACCGUACUGGUGUGACCAAUGUGCGAAAGCUUUCUCUACAUCAAGUUCCCUAGAAAUUCACAGACGUAUUCACACCGGAGAGAAACCGUACUGGUGUGAACAAUGUGGGAAAAUGUUUGCACGAAGUAGUAACCUUAAAGUCCACCAACGCAUUCACGGCGUUUCGCUUUGAACAUGUUCAGAGCGAAGUGAGCCGUUUCCUCCUGCCUCGUCCUCGUGCCCUGAUAGCUGCCUUGUUAUAUUCUGAACUUCUCUCCAAACAAGGAUAGAAAACAGUAACUUUAACGCUGAGCAGCAUGUAUGUCUUUGUGCCUGCAACUCCAUACUGUGUUUUGUGAGUCUGGCCUCAAGGCACCUUCUCAUUAGCUGUAAGCUAAAUUCCUGUGUGCCAGUUAAAGUAUAGUAGUGUGUAGUGAGAGUCUGUAACGCUCCUGUUUGAACCAGAUUUGGGCAAGGGUUCAGCUUACCACCGAUACAACUUACACUUUGUUAGCUAUUUGUUGUAUUAGGUUCACUAGGUUUAAGGGUGCUGCGCUCCCUGUGUUUUGUUAAACAAUGGCUAGAGAGGUUUUUGGUUUUACUUUUGUUUGUAGUUAGUAAUCCCUUGAGUUUAAAAGGGAUCUCUUUUUGUUAUGUUUCGUUCUUUGGUUUACGCAACACCCACUUGCCCGGUUUCUGUUAUGCCUUUUGUUUUCCUCUGUUUUAAAUAACCUUUCUACCUUGCCAAGUACAUCUGGUUUAUGCUUACGUCUCCUCUAUCCCUAGCGAGCUGGGGCGUAACAUAAUUGGGGGCUCUGAGAUCUUAAUUGGAUCUGGUGGAAGGUUAUUUGUUAAUCAAAGUUUGAGUGGACACACUCGACAAGAUUAACGCUCCUCAUAAAGACUACUUAAUUUGUAUUACCUGCCAUAUUGGAAUCACGGUUGCCAAAUCUUUGUUGAAAAAUUAUCUUUGUAUCUGGAUUAUUGAUAACUCGGUAGAGCAGGGAGAGAUUGUGCUUCCUGAGCAGGCCCAGCGGAUGAAAACUUGGAUCACACUGCCACGCUACAAUCCGUCCCUGCCCAGCAGCAGUGCUCGUUCCAGGGAUGAGGCCCCGAUGAAAGUCCGAGUCGCCCGUCUCCAGCUUGAGAGGGAACAGCAGCAGCACUUUGGAUGUUGGGGGACUGGAGCUGGAAAUGGAGGUUGACAGGGCUGUGAGACUGUGAAAGAUUGAGCUCGAAUACUCCGAGGUGGAGCAGGUUCCACCGUCUGCCUCAGGUAUGCCACAAUCCUCUCCCUCCUCUGAUACAGCUAUUAAUCCGGCCAAAAUGAAGCGGGUAAGCAUGUAGUUUUGGUCCCAACCUUCCGUAAAGUGGAUUCUUAUUUCAGUGUGUUUGAGCGCAUUGCUGCCACGUUACAGUGGCCGUCUGGAGUUUGGAGACUCCUGCUCCAGUGCAAGCUCCAAGCUAAAGCUCAGGAAGCCAUCGCAGCACUACCUCUGGAGGACAGCGUAGAUUACGAGUUGUGGGCAUUUUGAACCAACCAAGUUGGUUCCUGAAGCAUAUCGUCAGAGAUUUGGGGAACAUAAGAGCGAUCAGGGCCAGACGUAUGUUGAGUUCGCUAGAGAGAAGGGCGUACUCUUUGAUAAAUGGACUGCUGCCUGUCACGUGACUGAUGUUAAUUCCCUCAGAGUUGAUGCUUUUGGAGGACUUUAAGAAGUGUCUCCCUGACAGUGUUGUGACGUACUUGAAUGAGCAGAAGGUGCGGACAUUGGCAGUAGCCGCUACUUUAGCCGACGAGUAUGUUCUUAUACAUGAGACUCCUUUCUCUACAGUCGCUGGUAGUAAACCACACAGUAUUUACCGCACUCCAUCCUCACUGCCUUCUAGCUCACCUAAAGCAUCACAAGUGACGAAAGAUGACCGUAAGUGUCACUAUUGUCAUCAGAGCGGACAUGUAAUUGCUAACUGUUACAUGCUAACUGUUGCUAACUGUUACAUGCUAAAACGUAAGAAGCAAUCUCCAAGAGCUUCCAGCCUGAGGGUGUUGGCUUAAUGAAAUCAGAGGCCCACACGUUUAGUGACAAGUGUACAGAUGGAGAUGCUUGUUUUAAGCCCUUUGAUUUUGAGGCUUAUAUUUCACUUACCGGGCUGCCUGCUGACCAGCGCUUGGUAAAAGUGUUGCGAAUACUGCGUGUUCACAGUCAGUGAUUUUAUCGUCAGCCUUUCACUGAUCAGACUGCCUGUGGUUUUGGUUCGGUACCGCGUGGCAUCGAAAUGGGAUAUGUUCCCCGGCCAGUGCACCAGGUACAUAUUCAGUCAGACUGGUUCCUUCCCAGUAGCAGUGUCUCCCGAGCUUCUUCAGUGUUGUCACAUGAAAAUAUACGAUAAAAUAUUUACAAAACUGUGAGGUGUACAAACUUUUGUAAGAUACUGUAUUUUCUUGUUAUUGUGUUGUAGUUAAACAUGUUUUCCUCCAUUGUAGGAUUUUAAUUUAAUCUUCAUGUUAUGUAUUUACUGUUUAUUUUCUAUUGUUAAUACUUUAUUUUGUCAAUACAUAUCAUUGAUAAAUGUCCCUGUUUUUGUUAAGUAUAGUAUUGUACACAUGUUUAGUUUUAUUUCCUGAAAUAUUUGAUAGAUGUGUCCAGUUGUGUUUUUGGGGUUGUGGCUCUGGUGAGUCUUCAUCUCAUAAGGGGUGGAGGUCUCCAGGAGUUCUCAUGUGGACUACUCUCAAAUAGCUUCUCACUUGCAAAGAUCAAUAAAAGUGAGAGACCAAAUCUAUUAGCUGGAUCUUCUGAAGAGUCCACUCCUCCUUGUGGGGCCCUCACCUUCCCCUGUCCUGAAAACAACAUCAAUACUUUUUGGAGUAAAAUCUGGGUCCCAUGAUGUUUCUCUUAAACAGGUCAUUUCUUGUUCCUUUGGUUACUUUACAUUUUCUUCUCCAGAUUUUAAAUGUGUUAACUGUAUAUAGAGUAGUUGUGUAUUUUGAUCGGUUGUUAUUUUCUGAACGUGGUUUUGAAUCUGUUGAGGUUUGUUCAGACUGAAAGCAAAGCCAAUUCUAGUUGAAGCAAAGAGCCGCAGAUUUGUUAAAGACGGCGUCAGCUGAGGUGAAGACGUGUCUGCUCAAGUCUGAAGUUUCAGCUUAAAUGAAAAAUUCAGCUUUGUCUUUGUCAAAUGAACAGAGAGAAAAGAAAAAACAGAAACUGGAAGAAAGAGACUAAAGACGUUUCUGCUGAGUUCUGAGAUCAACUUCUGCAGCUGUACGCUUCAAACAAACUAGAUCAUGACGUCUGUUUAUACUUGCUCCAAAUAUCAACACUUGAAGACGGGGCAAAAAUCCAAAGUCCAAAUGUUUCUGAGGCCUGAACCAGGUCCACUGGAGGCCUCUGGGUUUAACUGCUGUGGUCCAGUGUGUAGUGAGGAGGAAGAGGUGCUGAAUAAACAGGGACUACAAAACCACUACAGACCACAUUUGUGUUCAGUCUGAACAAACCUUUGUUCUUGUGAAAGUCUGACUGAAUCAAAUAUUAUCGUAUCUUUAUUAUCUGACUCCAUUUUAACAGCAGUUUGCUUUCGGUUCUGUCAGUAAAUGUGUUGCUUUCUGUUUAACUUGCAUCCUGCCAGGGUUGGUGCUGUAAUAAUCUGAGCAGGAGACUCGAGUCCUUUUCAAUGUUUUCAUUAAAUUAGUCGACUCAAAGAGAA